UCGGAACUAAAAAGCCCGGAUCCAGUAACGAAGGACAAUGCUGUGAGACAGAUCCGCCUGUUAUUGAAUAGUCUUCCAAAGGAUUAUGUCUGGCAUAAUUUGCAAGUUGAAUUAUUUUUGAAUUUUUCGUGGAGGAACUUCAAUGCAUUUGGUAGUCCCAAUUUCACCAUGCUGGUUGCUAUCAAGAACGUGAUGCAAAAUAGCGCCCAUCUGAACAGGAGCUACAUUGCACUGUUUGUUGACAAAUUGUUCGAUGAAUUUCCUCUGCAAAUGUGUGAGCGCAAGGUGCGUUAUAUAUCAUAUCAGAUUCUCGACUUCUUACUGGAUAAAUAUUGUAGCGAACUUUCUGAAAAGGUGGAUUUUGUGUCGUACUUUACGUCAUCAAUUUCCGGGGAAAGAGAUCCGCGAUGCCUUGUUCUUAUUUUUCGGCUGAUUUGUAUUAUUUGCGAUCACUUUAAUUCUGAAUUGUAG